AAUCUUUAAAAGCAGAAAACGAAUCCUUAUGACAAAUAAUUCGAAUCUACCUCUACAGAUCACGCUAUACGGUGGUAGUGCGUCGCUGGGCAAAGGUGGCAUCGUGUUUUACGCCAGCAAAAUCGUAAUUCAUCCAUUGUUUAACGUUGAAACAGCUGAUUACGACGCAGCAAUAAUCCAGGUGAAAAACUCCUUCCAAGGAUACAAAAACAUUGCUCGCAUACCUCUCCAAAACGCGGAAGUUCCUAGCAAUACUUUAUGCUGCGUGGUUGGAUGGGGUUAUAAUGGAAAAACAUAUCCAGACAAUCUGCAAUAUGCCGCCCUGCUAGCAAUAUCACAACGGCAAUGCUCAGAAGCAUGGUUUGGCUUAACUACACCCGAAAAUAUUUGUGCUCAGCGAGGCAAAAACGGCGAUUUAUGUAAUGGCGAUAGCGGAGGUCCAUUGGUCUGUAACGGAAAGCUAACAGGAGUAACUUCGUAUGGUGGAGAAGGUUGCCGGAGUGAACUACCGUCUGUUUUCACUAAAAUUACGGCUCCUGCUAUUAGACUUUUUAUUAAAACUUAUGCAGGAAUUUGAGAUACAUCUCCUCCUCCUAUUCCUGCGUUACUUGCAGGACUUCUUGGACCGUUUCGCUUGAAAAGCAACGACUAUUGAAGCGUGUGCAAACUGUUACACUGAUGAGCUUAGAAGAGCAGAAUCAUUAUCCUUUUUAUCAUUCCAGGUAUGUUUCCCAAUUUUAUAUUCAGAUUUUCAAAAGUACAACAAAAGCAACAAGCCAGGGACGCAUAAUAAUAGUAGUCUUUCGUCAUCGAGUCAGUCGCCUGAAGUGAAACAUGGAUCUGGUAGGAUAGGCCAUUUAAACGGGAUAAAGAGAGCAAUAUGAUCCAAUGUAUUUCAAAACAAUAAUAGCAAUGUUAGUAUGUGGGUACAUGAACGUAAUAGUAUUCUAUAAAAAUCAAUAAUAGCAAUAUUAGUAUACGCGUACAUGAAGGUAGAUGUGUUCAAUAAAACCUUACAACAAGGUCUCUGGACCAUAUUAUGAAGCAAGAUUUGGAAAACACCAAAAAAUGUAACCGGUAUCACGAACCUCAGAAGCAAAUAAAAUGGCCAAAAAUGAAAAAAGUAUGAU